UCUAAACUUUAAAUGGAGAGCAUAAUUUCAUACUCCUAGAAGUGACCUGAAAGAAAUCUAAGACAAAAUAGCAUAAUUUGUAAGAUUCAAAGAAUAAUAAGUAGAAUAAAAAAAUAUACAUAAUGAUCAACAAAUUAAUAUCUAACAUUUAUGAUAAAGAGAUAUCAAAACUUCUUUAUAAAUAGUAGCAGAUGAUUAAGAUAUGUUACAAUUUGAAAGAUAUUGUCAAUAUGAUUUUUUAAUAUGAAGAAUUGGAAGCCCUUGAAAUUUUUUAUAAAAGAGCAAGUCUCCAUAAUUAGGUCUUUAGUGGUGCCUCUACUUAUAAUAAUAUGUAUUUUUAUUUGAAGAGUGGAGACGUUGAGCUUUUUUUUUUCAGAAAAGUACCACUCCUACUAAGAAAAAUAUUAUUUUUAAAUGAACAAAUGGCAAAGAAUGUUUAGAAGAGACAUAGCUCAGCUUGUCUUAAGUAAUUAGGGGUUCAUGGUCAUAAGAAUGCAUUGAAUUUAUAAAAGGUCACUCCCAUCUCAGCGAAAUAUAAUGGAAAAUUUCAGUUACAAAAUCCUCCCAAAAUUGCUAUCCCACUAAUAAAUCAAGUUUGUUAAUUUAAAUGAUUCUACUUUAUCAAAGGUAAUAUAAUUUUGUAUAUUUUAAAGUAUUUAAUGUUAAUAAUUGGUCGACAAGAGCUGAUAAUAUAUUUUCGGAGGAGGUGUCUCAAUAAUGCUGAUACUUAUUCAUUUAUUUUUUU